AUGAAGGACGCUACUACUUCUACUUUUAACAAGUACUAUCCGAACGAACCUGCUGAGCCUAGAGUUGUGACUGACACAAUUCCUGGGCCCAAGACUCAAUCACAUUUAGAAUCGCUAUCAAGGGUUUUUGAUACAAGACCAUCAUAUUUUGUUGCUGAUUAUGAUCAUUCCUUGGGUAACUACAUAGCUGAUGCUGACGGUAAUACAUAUUUGGAUUUGUAUGCUCAAAUUUCUUCAAUUGCUCUUGGAUAUAACAAUCCGAAAUUGAUUGAGGUCAUUGGCUCCAAAGAAAUGAAAAAUGCUCUGGUUAAUAGACCUGCAAUGGGAAAUUUCCCUCCAAUGGAGUUGGCUCAUCAUUCUAAUGUGCUUCUUAAAUUUGCACCAAAGGGCCAGACCCGCGUUUGGAACGCAUUAAGUGGGGCAGAUGCCAUUGAAUUGGCAAUGAAAGCAGCUUUUAUGUAUUUUAUGAGAAUUAAGCGUGGAGAAUCGAAUUAUUUUACUCCAGACGAAUUAUCUAGUGUCAUGGACAAUAAGCCUCCAGGAUCACCAGAUCUUGCCGUGUUGAGUUUUAAGAGAGCAUUCCAUGGUAGAUUAUUUGCAAGUGGUUCGGCUACAUGUUCAAAACCAAUCCAUAAAUUAGACCUUCCUGCCUUCAGAUGGCCACAUGCAGAGUUUCCAUUCUAUGAGUAUCCUUUAGAUGAUCCAGAGAACAAAACAAAGAACCAAAAAGAAGAUGAUAGAUGUUUGAAAAUUGUUGAAGAAUUAAUUAAUUCUUGGGAUAUCCCCAUUGCAGCAAUUCUAAUCGAACCUAUUCAGUCCGAAGGUGGAGAUAAUCAUGCCUCACCAUACUUUUUACAAGGUUUGAGAGAUAUCACUUUGAAAAAUGGAAUAGUGUAUAUCAUUGACGAGGUUCAAACAGGUGUCGGUGCUACAGGUAAGUUUUGGUGUCAUGAAUAUGCAAAUAUCGAUCCACCUGUCGAUCUAGUCACAUUUUCCAAGAAGUUUCAAAGUGCAGGCUAUUUUUUCCAUGAUGAGAGAUUCAUUCCAAACAAACCAUACAGACAAUUUAACACUUGGUGUGGAGAUCCCGCAAGGAUGUUAAUUGCCGGUACGAUUGGGGAAGAGAUUAUGAAACAUAAUUUACUAUUGCAAGUUAAUGAGACUGGCGAUUAUAUGUUCAAAGAACUUGAAAUGUUGCAAAGUAAGUACCCAAAAUUUUUCGGUAGAUUAAGAGGUAAAAAUAGAGGUACGUUCAUUGCAUGGGAUUUACCAACAUCGGAACUCAGAGAUGAAUUACUUGCUAAAUUGAGAAUUAAUGGAUGUAAUGUUGGGGGCUGUUCAGAUAAAUCAGUGAGAUUAAGACCAUCUCUAACAUUCGAAAUCAAACAUGUAAAAAUAUUUAUUAGAAUCUUAGAUAAAUGUGUAGGUGAAUUAUAUAACUAA